AUGCUUGCCGACCCCUCCAUUACGGUGCUCGGCCCUGACCCAGCGCACCGGGAGUGCAUACUCAACGGUAACGCGUUCCAGCAGGAUGCCAUCCAAUCAUUUCGGGGCUGGCAAUAUGCCUGCUUCUAUGCGCCUGCAGACACCGGUGGGAACGAGCCCCUGUUCGUGCACCUUGCGCGCAGAAAACUUCCUGGUGGGUCCUGGGAGACACUUGUGUUCAAGGACUAUGCUCAGACGACAGAUGACGGCCACAACACUGUGCAGCUCGGCAUUUGCCCUGGAGACGGCACGAUCCAUCUUUCGUAUGACCACCACUGUGAUAGGUUGAGAUAUCGAUACUCGUUAGUGGGGAUAGCAGAGAAGCCCGAGGACUUUGACUGGAACGCGAGACACUUCUCCCCCACAGUCAACACCCUCCCGGGACUGCCGAAGGGUGAGAGCGAUCUGUUCGGGUAUAUCACUUACCCGAGAUUCGGUCCGCUGGGCCAGAACCUAUGGUUUUCUUUCCGUACGGGAAAGGCCGGCCUGGGUGACGAGCACUUAUGCGUGUAUAGGGCUGAGACGGGCACGUACUCGCUUCUAGGCACGAUCCUGAAGGGGAUACAGAACAGCCCUUACAUCCACGGCAUCGACUACCGCAACGCCAGGCUGUACGUCACGUGGGUCUACCGCGCCUUCGUGUCGUACGAGGGCUGGGAUGACCCGCUCGACACCAAGCACAAGCAGCAGCGCGGGCCUAAUGCCGCGACGAACAACCACAACAUUUGCUUCGCGUACUCAGACGACGAUGGCCGUACCUGGCGGAACGGCGCCGGAAACCAGAUUGCGGACCUGAGCAAAGGCGAGAGCAUCACCCCCGAGUCCCCGGGCCUCGUGGCCUUUGACAUCCCCAAGGGCUCAGGCUUAUCAAACCAGGAGUCGCAGGCGGUUGACCACAGCGGCGGCGUCCACGUCCUCAACCGCGACAGCCUCGACGGCGAGCAGCGGUGGAAGCACUACUACCGCAGCCCCGACGGGAAGUGGACACAACGAGCUAUCCCCCUGGUGAAUGGCGCUUUUGGUGGGAAACGCGGCCGGCUCGCGGCUAGUAAAGACGACGACCUGUACCUGAUCCUGCCUGACCAACAGAGUUCCACGUUGGCGGUAUUGAAGUCAGCCAAGGACGGCGGCUACUCGACGUACGAACUCGUUUGGGGAAAGGAGGGGUUUCCGCCAACGGAACCGCUGGUUGACGCCGCUCGUCUGGACGAUGAUGGUGUGCUAUCCGUCUUUACAAGGACGACUGUCGAUGAAACCAGUGGUUGGAAGAACGUGGUCGUGUUAGACUUCGGACUAUGA